AUGGACGAAGUCGGACCGGAGAUCCAUCUGCACUCGGAGAAGCAGCUGGAGAUGUUCUACCGCACCCUCCGCACCGACCAGCCGAUCAAGGGCCGCGCCCCACUCGCGCCGACGACAUCCAUAAUUGGAGGCACAUACCACCAGCUUCCCACUCUACGUGCGGGCCGUGGACAGCAGCAACAGCAGCAAGAGGAGGGCACGCCGCCGCGUCGGUGCGCGCCUGUAAAACUCUUCUCGCUCACGACGAAGAGGUCCUUUGCGGCGGCGCUGCGGGAGAGCCUCCAGCGCUACAUGGAUGACAAGGAAUAUCUGGAGACCCUCUACAGGAGCCACCCCAACUGA